AUGACAAACCACGUGAUGCGUAAUCCCAUCGAUCACGUGUCAAUAUUACGUCACAUCUCCCCCUCUCUCUUCCAGUUUCACUUUGUAAUCACUCUCUUUCUACAUUACCUCCCCUUACUAUAUCUCAUUAUUUGUCGCCCUCUCUUUUCUUUCUCUCUCGCAUUCUCUCCCUAUUUCCCUAUGUAUUUCUUUUUUGGUCUUUCUCUCUUCCUCCUAACGCUCUUUAUCUCUCUCUCUUUAUGUAUCACGCUUUCAUCUGCCUCCUUUCUUCUCUCUUCUACCCUUUUUAUUUCUCCGUUUUCCUUACAUUUCCUCUUUCUCUCUCUCUAUAACAUCAUCUUUCUUUAUCUCUCUUCCUUCCUCUUUAUAUUUUUGUCUAUGUCUUUCUCUCUAUCUCCUUUUCUUACUCUCUCUAUUAGCUCUUCUCGAUUCCUUUUUAUUCUCUCUCUCCCUCUCUCCCGCUGUCACUUCUUUCCUCUCUACUUUUUUCCUCCUCCUUUCUUUUAUCUCUUACCCUCUCUGGAAAAUCUUCUUUCCAUCUCUCCUUCCUUUAUUUUUAGUUUAUUUUCUCUUUAUUAUCUUCCCCCCUCUAUUUCUUUCUCUCUCUCUCUCUCUCUCUCUCUCUCUCAGGAGAAACUUAAAAUCAUUCGAAACCCAAACCACAUCUUUCAUUGGUCUAAAAGAGCCGCCGAUGCGUAUUUUCUCCGAACUGCUCGACUGGAAGAAACAAUCGUGAUUGGAAGUCCCAGGCAGCUCUCUCUCUCUCUCUCUCUCUCUCUCUCUCUCUCUCUCUCUCUCUCUCUCUCUCUCUCUCUCUCUCUCUCUCUCUCAAAAUCACAAACAUUUAGAUUUUGGGUUUUGUCUCAUCUAUAG